AUGAGUGCCGGAGGUGGAACCCCUUACAUUGGCAGUAAAAUUAGUUUGAUUUCCAAGGCCCAGAUUCGUUAUGAAGGAAUACUGUCUGCUGUGGACACGGAGCGCUCAACGGUGGCUUUGGCCAAAGUUAAAUCCUAUGGCACAGAGGACCGGCAUGCGGAGAGACCAGUGCCGCCAAAAGAUGAGAUCUAUGAAUAUAUAAUCUUCAGAGGAAGUGACAUCAAAGAUAUAACCGUGUCUGAACCCCCGAAGCCGCACUAUGGGCUGCAUCGAGACCCUGCCAUUGUUCAGUCAUCCAUGGGACCACCUUCUGGAUAUCACCCACGUUGGAGUCCCUGCAGAGAAAUGAUGCCCACCUUUAACCAAUUGGCUGCGAGUACCCUGCUGAGUCAGCAGUACAACGCAGCACUAGGCUUAAUGCCAGGACAUCACUGUACAGCCACUAGGGGACCUAUGGUGGAGCAGGCAGUUCAAACCAUGCCCUUGGCCACAGGUCCACAGAGAAAAGGAAAGGCUGCGAUCCAGCCACAGGGCAGGCUGCCUGUUCGUACAUAUCGGGGCCCGUCACGAGACGCCUCUCGGGUUGAGAAGGAAAAUGUACCCACCAGUCGAGCAAUAUCACAAUCAGCUGAGGCUAAGAUACAAGGCCAAGGUGCUGACAGACAGAAGGCAAGACAAAAACAAGCCAAUCGCAGAUCCAGAACCAGAAGUCGAGGUCAGCUCUUGGCAAAAAACUCCAAAGUUGCAUCUUUGGAGUUUGAGGCAGAUUUUGACUUUGAAACUGCAAAUGCUGAGUUUAGGGAUCAUCUCACAAAGGAGGCAACAGUCGACAAGCUGGACGUUGAGGAAGCACAAGACGUGGCGGAUGUGAAAGAGGGGGAAACCCUUGCAGAGAAGUACUACAAUAAAUCUAAAUGCUUCUUCGACAACAUUUCAUCAGAUCCUAAACCCAGGAGAACCACGUGGGCAGAGGAAAAAAAGCUAAAUAUGGAAACCUUUGGAGUGCCUGGUCGCUUCCUAAGAAGCAGAGGACUCGGACGUGGGCGCAAAGCAGAAGGCUCUGCAGAGCAGCGCAACCUCCCAAAGAUUGGGAAUGGAAGAGUGUGAACACUUUUUGUUAUUGCUACUGUAAUUAUAGUAUUGUUAUACUUUAAAUGAAUCUCCCUAACUUUAGCAACUUUUUU